CGCAUCCGCUUUAAAAUCGUAGUGGUCUUCAAGUUCUAGUUAGAAAUUUAUCGACACUUGGCUUUUUCAGAGGAUCUGAGGAUGCCUUGUUGGUACUUUGAGAAAAAAGAACUCAAGAAUACGCCCUCUAUACAGGAUGGGCUGGAUUACGCGACAGAGGCUCGUUACAGGAGAGAGGGAGCUAGGUUUAUCAUCGACGCUGGGACAAAAAUGGGACUGAGAUAUGAUACGUGUGCCACCGGUGUUGUCUAUUUCCACCGGUUUUACAUGUUCCACUCAUUCAAGGAGUUUCAUCGCUAUAUCACGGCUGCUUGCUGUCUAUUUCUGGCUGGUAAGGUGGAGGAGACACCUAAGAAAUGUAAAGACAUCAUCAAAGUCUGUCAGUCUCUGCUGUCACCACAACUCUUCACUGUGUUUGGGGAGGAUCCAAAAGAGGAAGUGAUGACAAUGGAGAGAAUUUUACUACAGACCAUCAAGUUUGACCUCCAGGUGGAGCAUCCCUACUCUAUACUGCUCAAGUUCGCCAAAGUACUGAAAGGAGAUAAAGAGAAAAUUCAAAAGUUGGUUCAGAUGGCGUGGACCUUUAUCAAUGACAGUCUGUGUACCUGCCUAUGUUUGCUGUGGGAGGCUGAGAUAAUCAGCGUCUCGUUGAUGUACCUGGCGACGCGCCUGACUAAGUUUGACAUCCAGGACUGGCAUGGACGAGUCCCGGGGACGAGGACAAAGUGGUGGGAGUUCCUGGUAGAGGAUAUCACUGUAGACCUCAUGGAAGAUAUCUGUCAUGGAGUGCUGGAUCUGUACUCCUCCAACCCCCAGUCACAGCUCCGAGAAGAUUCCCCGCCCACUACACCGGUCAAAAAGAGUGAGGUCAGGGACACCCCGCCACCACCCCCUCCAAACAAACGCAGCAGCACCAGCCUCCCAUUGGAUGGUCCACCAGAAAAGGUGAUAAAAAAGGAACGUAAACAGGACUCUCAUCACUCUUCCUCAUCAGACAGUCGCCCAACAAAACAUUCCUCCUCAUCCUCAAAACACACACCAUCAUCAGACAGUGGACACAGUGUGUCAAAGACCCCCACUACCAGUGUACCCCAGCCCCCCCUAUCUGGGGCCCCACCCAACUCCAAG